GAAGCUAUUUAGCAGCGCCAGCAACGCCAAUAGCAAUCUCAACACUUUCGCGCGCCGACGCACGUGACCUCUUCAACCCACACAAUCCACCCCAUUCGAGCUCCAUCCCAAGAUCAAGGUCUUCAUGAAUCUACUCCCACAAGCGAGCUACUAACACAUGCUCCCAGCCCACGAUCACCCCGAUGCCUACGCUAAAGCCUUCAACAACAACAGCGCCUGGCGCCGGUCCCUCGCCGAGACCGACCCCGAGCUCUUCGAGUCCCUAGGCAAAGGCCAAUCUCCUCAAAUCCUGUGGAUCGGCUGUGCCGACUCUCGCUGCCCAGAAACAACCAUCCUGGGCCUGCAACCCGGCGAGAUCUUCUGCCACCGCAACAUCGCCAACAUCCUGGUGAACACCGAUAUCAACAGUCUAUCCGUCAUCCAGUUCGCCGUCCAGUACCUGAAAGUCAAGCACAUCAUCAUCUGCGGCCACACCUCGUGCGGAGGCAUCGCCGCGGCCCUGGACAACAAGAAACUAGGCCUGAUCGACACCUGGCUUAUGCCGCUCCGGGCCAUCCGCCAACAAAACCUGGAUCUGCUGCAAAGUCUCAGUGAAAAGGAGCGGGCACUGAAACUCGUCGAGUUAAAUGUCCGUGCCGGAAUUUCUACCCUCCUCCAGAAUCCCAUGGUAAUUGACGCGAUGAGCGAGCGUGGUCUCCAGGUGCACGGCCUGAUUUAUAACGUCGGAACCGGCGAAUUGAGAGAGUUGGAUGUUGGGGAGGGCCAGGAUGUCGAAAAAUCUCGGGUUGUUGCCUUCAAGACUGAAUAAGUCCAAGGUGCCUUGAAACGGUACGGUCAAUGUAACGAUGAAGGGCGUACAGGAAAGCUGACAGAACGUCACACAAUGUCUAAGCACACGGCAGACACGAUCUUAUGUAGAGUUAGCGAUAGGAGUUCUGUCGACAAGGUAGAUGACAGACGAUACAAGGGGAUAAAGCAAAGGAUGAAGCUGAGCUCGGUUGAUCAAGUAGAGAAUCGUACAAGCAAUGAGCAGAGCAUCCGUUUGAGCCGGUGUCCUCCUCGUGCCCAACAUUACCAAGCAAGAGCAGACUA